CCGGGAGAGCAGUCCGGCGGCUCAUAGUGGCGCACCGGCAGCUCGACGAAAUACUUGGACAGUCUGCACCACCAAGGCAUGGCUGAAGCUGGGACAUCUGCUGCCACUGAUGGCUCUGCAACUAAGACUGUUUCCCAAUUCCCAAUACUUGACUAAUGAGAUCCUUACCAACACAUCAGCAAGCUCAACUGAAGCUAGAAAGUUUGAUGUGGUUGAUGACCCUACGACAGUGAAAUCCAAGGACAUGAAAAUGGCUAAUACAGGCUCUACAAAUCUACACAGCCAAGCUAUGGCGUAUGUAAGGCUGUCUGAAGCCCCAGGAAUUAAGAUGAGUUCUUCCUUGAGAGGGAAUUAUCAAGAUCAAGAGAGCAAUGGUUUGCUAAAUGUACUGCCAAUAUCAGCUGAAAGUGCUGGAUUACUUCCAAGCCAUUCAGAUGGACCAAGAGGUUCAGACCUAGUCCUAGAGGCUGUGAUUGAAGCGGACGUUGCAGAGAAUACCAGACUGUUCGUCUCGCAGCCUCAUGAUCAGUUGCCUAAGGAGUGAUGAUGUGCUUGGAAUGAACGUUGCAAAGAACACCAAAUUCUUCUUCUCACAGCCUCAUGAUCAGUUUCCGAGCGAUGAUGAUGGUAGUUUUUGAUCUUUGGCUAGGAUUUGGUAUACCGCUUGUACAUUGAGCUUUGUAAAUCCGAAGACUACUCUGAUGGGCGAUGAGCAUGUAAUUUUCAUAAUCUCGAUAGCACUCACAGACUAAAACUUAGCGGAGACAGUGUAAUCUUGUGUUAUUGACUGGUUCAGAUGGCCUAGUACUCUAGUUUUACAUCAAACUACAUGGUAUCUGCUUCAGAAACAGGACAACCGCAAUGCCAUGUGCUAUGCACUAUGCUGAAGUGGAUGGAGUGCUUCGGACUCAGGAUUGGGCAAUGCAACAGGCUUGCUGUGUUGAAGUGGAUGGAGUGCUUGGGGCUUCUUUUCUGUUGUCAUUGUAGAGAUUGUUGCUCUGAUGGAUACUCUGUUUCUUUUCUGUAGCUAUUCUUGAUCUUUGUCAGGUAAUCGGAAUGCGUUAGUUUUUGCCUUGAGG